CACACUGAAGCGCUUUUCUUCAUGUUAAAGUAUUCUAUGGUGUCCUUGUUACCGCUAUGGGGAUUGGGUUUUGAAAUUUGUUUUUUUAUGUGCGAUUGUGAUAUGUGAACCAGAGGCGAUGCAUCAAAUCGCCCGUGUGAUUUUUCUUGGCGUGAUAUCUUCCAUAAUCAACACAAACCAUGUCGUCUGCAUAACGAAAAAUGGCGGCCAUGUCGAUAUGUGAUCGAGGCAGCGGUUUCAGACAAAUGGCUAGUGAUAUAGCAGUAAUGUAAAGGAAACUAUACCAAUGAUUGCUUGUAGUUGAUGCGAAUUCCUCGUUUUAAUUUUGUUCAAGGGGAGAAAAGAAAAGGAAUAAUUUAUGUCUAUGUGGAAAGGGCGAGAAGAAGAAGAAGAAUACUAUGUUGGAAUGAAAUAUUUUAAGAAGGCGCGUCGGUUUCCUUGCGCUUGUCAAAGAAGAUAUGGGGAUUUUUCUCGGCACGUUUCUUCAAUACCUGCUAUGGAUGUGUCCGGUUUUUGAUUUAGUGUUUUCUAUACCCAUAACCGAUGGUUUUCCAAGAUUUGAAAAUUUAAAAAAUCAGAAUGGAUAUUUUGCCAAUGCACCAAAUCAACCACCUUCUUCGAGAAGCCGUGCCGCCCGAUCUCGUUCUAAUAUUAUUGGUAAUAGCAUAUUAGAAAGUCACGGCUUGGAAACCGAGAAUAACAUUGCUGUGACCGAACUACUAGCAUAUAUCGACUCCGUACAGUCGGGAAAGAGAAAAUGCAGUAAAGGUGAACGAACAAUACCACUCGAUAGCUUUGGUUUUAAUUUUUUACCGGAAUAUUUUUAUGGGCCCUUCAAAGAUCAAGUGGACAAGGCUGUUCAUCUGGCCAAUACUCUAAAUAAUUUAUUUCUUUAUAAAGACCAGGGGCAGGUCUUGUACGACGACGUGGUUUACUUUGCCUUAUCGCAAUCAUUUGCUGAAAACGACACCAAUAUUGUUGGAUGUGGGAUCGCCUUCGCGGAGAAACAAUAUCCUUUACGGAAAUCCUCUAUGUUUUGGCCUUAUGCCUAUCGGGUAGGGAAGAAACCCGAAACAAUGAUAGUUGUAUCGGAUCUUUCCAAGUUGUAUAAUUACACUGACGUGGCCUGGUUCACAGAACAUCAACAAAAGACCACCGUUAAUUUUCAAACGGACCAGUCUGUUCUCUUCACAAACCAGUCUGAUGCCGACAUCGGUAAAUUUGACAGAUAUUUAUUUCGACGAAACAAAACCGUAAAGGUAACCAGAAGUGACGGAUUCUGGGGCGAUCCAUUCUAUGAUUGUCUCCUAAUGAAAUGGAUUGUAUCUUUUUCUUUGCCAUUUUACCAAAUUCAUGGAGACACUGGACGAAUUGUUUUUAAGGGUGUUGUAGUGUUUGAUAUUGAUGUUACAAUGUUAGAAAUUAACCAAUGCGCCGAAGACAACGCGUUAUUUUCAAAUUCUCAUCGAUGUCGCAAAGAGACAACAAAGUGUGUUCACAUACCAGGAAACGGAUUUGCCUGGGGAAGUUACCAGUGUCAUUGCAAUGGUGGAUUUUAUUUUCCCGAUAAUUUAGCCGCCAAUAAAUAUUUUGAUGGACGAACUGUGGAAAAAUUAUACUAUGAUUUAAUUCAAAAUGUAUCAACCGAUUACUUAUCGAACUAUCAGUGUCUUCCGUGUAGAAAGGGGUGUGAAGAAUGCGCAGGGGAAGUUCCCUGUAUAGUGGAAUAUAAUGUGUUGUUAAGAGGAAUUCCACUUGGCAUACAAAGUUUUUGUUUGACUGUCACUAUUGUUUUAGCCAUGGUUAUAAUUAGACUAAGGAAAGCCAAGGUAAUGAGAACUAGUAUGUGGAUAUUAUUAGAGAUGGUUUUAUUUGGAGCUUUGUUGUUAUACGCUACUGUGGUGAUACAGUAUUUUGAACCAACAACACUGACCUGUGUAUUAGUACCAUGGUUUAGAGAAGUAGGAUUUGCCGUUGUUUAUGGAGCUUUGCUGCUAAAAAUAUAUCGUAUUUUGGCAGAGUUUCAGUCCAGAAAGGCUCACAGAGUACAUGUGCGAGAUCGAGAUUUGUUGAAAUAUUUAGCUGUUAUUGUAAUUAUUACUAUUGGAUAUAUGGCUGCAUGGACUGCCGUUAAUAUGGAUCAUUUAACUGAAGGAGCGACACUGGUUGACACGGGAACAACCAGAGAUAAACUACUGUACAAACUGUGUAAAUCACAUUGGUGGGAUUAUGUGAUAGAAUUGUCGGAGUUUCUGUUUCUUUGUCUUGGUAUUUAUAUGUGCUACUGUGUUCGUUCUGCUCCAUCCGAUUAUUCUGAGAGGAAAUAUGUGUCUGCGGCUAUUUGUUACGAAGCUAUUCUUUCUUUUAUAUUUUAUGUUCUUAGGCAUAUUUGGUGGCUUGAUCUACAUCCAGAUUAUUUGUUUUUAAUGUAUUUUAUACGUUGUCAGCUGACUGUAACUGUUGUAUUAAUACUUGUAUUGGGGCCAAAAUUAUGGUAUGCACAUAGACCUAUGGAUGAUGACCUGAUGAGAAAUAGAGCGUAUUCUCAAUCAGAUGUACAAGAUAAUGCUGCACCAGAAACAAUGAAAUUGAAUGUUGGAAUAUCAUCCAAUGGAGAUGUAGAUGUAGGGGAGAUAAGUCUAACAGAAAUGGAUCCAGAAGAUAUCAGAGCUGAAUUAAAACGAUUAUAUACUCAGUUACAAAUAUACAAAACCAAAACAAUGCGGAAAGAUAACCCUCACAUUUCUAAACGACGGGGAGGACGUAAACAGACACACCGUCGAUUCUCGCUGCAAGCCUUUCACCAUAAACAUCGCCAUCACCAUUCAGAACACGAACAUGACCAUGAAAUGUCUAAAACACCAGAGGAAUCAACAAACAGUGCUGAAGCAAUGUCAAUGGAACCAACUGGAAAAGAUGAUCGUGAUCGUGAUCGAGACACUCAUGAGCGUUCCGCUCCCUCCGUGUCAUUUAAACCAGGACAUAAAUAAACUGAACUUAGCUUAUAAUAGUACUGUUAUUGUUAGAGUAUACACCUUGUAUAUUAUUGGCAAGAUGAACCAAAUUGUGGAAGAAGUUUUAUAUUUCUUCAUUUUAGAAAGCGUUAAUUUGAAAUGUAAAUUAUUUAUUAGAUGAUAAUUCAAUGAAUCAUCAGAAACAAGUUUAAUAUAGCCAUUUUUUUCAGCAUAUUAAAAUGUUGGAAAAGUUUUAAAAAAAACAUAAAAAAUAACCCAACCCAUGUCAUCAAUAAAUUAUUUCAUCAGCAGAUAUAAGUACUUUUAUCUGUUUAACAUAUAAAUAAUAUAAAACGGGUCUGCACACAAAUCAGCAAAUAGCUGCUUUUUAUAAAAAUCCACCAACAGAGACUACUGGUAUGUUGAUAACUUGUUAGUGCUUCAAGGUUUUGGAUUUUUAACCAACAAUAUUCAGCAGAGAAGUCUUAUACCUUAUGCAGCAACUGAGGGAAUGUAAAAUGAAGUAGACUAUUUAGUCUGAUGAAGCGUAACAGAGGAAUAAUACAGUCAAUAGAGAAGAUAGUUCUAUUGAGUGGCUACUUUAAUUGACAAAGAAGUGAGAGUUAUUUGCCGAGGAAUAAUUUACAAGACAAUAGAGAGAAUUAAGUGAUUUAUUAUUAUUACUAGCAGUUGUAAAUAGUUGAAUGAACAAAACUUGUUAAUACUGGUGUGUUAAGACAGUAAAGAUAAGAUACAUACACUUAUAACUAUAAAUGUCACCCUUAAUCGAUGAAAUUCCGCUACAUAAUUUAACAAGAAAGGUUUUUGAUCUACAACUGUCUUGAGUAAAAAAAAAUCCAACGUAAAUAGGAAAGCUGUGAAAAAGUAGAUAUUUCUGAUGAUAUAACGCAAUACUUUUUCAAGUUAAAAUAAAUCUGUGCAUAUACAUGUAUUAAACUAUUUGUAAUAUUGAAUGCAUAGAAGAUGACUCCAUUAUUAUUUUUUUCCUGCUCAAUCUUUUCUUUAGUGGAAAAUAAGGCAAUGGAUGCGUAAAAACUGUGAGAAGAAAGUGUCCAAUUGAGAUAUUUGGAAAUAAUGCACAUUAAUAUGCCUUUAUGGAGGAUUUUUGUGAAGACUGUAGUAAUAUGUGUUAUUCUAUGUUUAAAAAUGUUCACUUGCUAAAUUAAUAUGAAUUUUUCAAAACCGUAAUCCAUGUUGAAGAGGAGGAUAUGGACAUAAAGGAAUUCAUCAUGUGUUAGUUAUAAUGAUUGAGCAAGUGUAAAAGUUAGAGUAUAUAAAAUGGUGGUGUUUUAGUUUCACUUCUAUAUGUUAAAAUGUAUAUAUAUAUAGAAACUCUAACUGAACUGCAAUUACAUGUGAUUCAACUUUGCAUGUGCCAUUAUUUGUUAACAUUUAAAUCUUUCAUUAUUUUAAGAUGGAAAAAUACCAUAAGAAAAAUGGCAGUUCUUGCCCUUAUAUGUUGUGUGUAUGUUUCAACUUAGCUCAUUUUAAAUAAAAAAAACCCAUAUUUAUAUAAAGCUAAUGAUAACAAAUUGUUUCACAUAUUAUAUAGUGUAUUUAAUCUUUCAUUUAGCAAUCUGUGUUAUAGAUUAUACAAGGUUCAUUUGUUUAUUUAAAAUAGAUUUUUACCUGGUAAUGUAUAAAAAUAAAUAUCAAUACAAAUAAAAAAAAUACCCAAGAUAAUUCUGAAAUUUAAAUACAGACAAUAAAUAACUGAUAUUUCAUAUCAAUGUCGGUGUAAACAAAUUAAGCUGCAUUUCACAGGAACAUAAAUAUACACGGCCUUGUAUCAGGUGCUGUCUUAUGCUUUAGUCCUACAAAAUAUGAAUGGACUGGAAAGAAUUUUUAUAAUGCAUAAUGUUGAGAUCUCAGAUAGACGGCCAUUAAAAUAUACGUGGCCAAAAUAGCUUUACCAUGACACAUUGUAAAGAUACAAAUCAACUUUGUCUAGGUAUAUAGCUUUACCUAUGAUAUAACAAAGGUUUAUAUAUCGGUAGAAAAUAUACACCAUAAGUAGGAUUAAUGACAAAUGGACCUCAACUUAGUAUAUAUACUAUUUACCAUGUGAGGUAUUAUUCUUUUUAAGAAGAUGCAUAUAAUUUUUAAAACCAAAACAAGAAUAACGAUCAUAUUUUUUAUCUUAUAACUAUUUUAAAUCCAAAAGAAUUUGAUUAUUUUUAUUUUAAUUUCUGUUAUUUAUUUGGACUAUGUUUUUAUUUAAACAGGAUUAUGUAUUAUUUAAACUGGAUUAUGUAUUAAUUUAUUGAACUAUGUAUUAAUUUAUUGAACUAUGUAUUUAAUUUAUUGAACUACCGUAUGUAUGACAUUUUUUAUUUGAAUAUGUGAGUUUUUUAAUUUAUGAAAUAUUAACUUUUAUUUGAAAUCUGUAUUAUUGAAAUCAAUUUCUUAAAUUCAUAUAUUAUACUUUAUUUAUUUAUUUUUCAAAUGAUCAUUUAUAAUUAAUUUUAGUUUUAAUUCAUUUUAGUUUUUGAAUUAUUAGCAUAAUUAUUACAGUUUGUGCAAUUGAUGGCAAAUUAUGUGCAAUAUAUGGAACUUAUCUGCUAUAGCAAGGUUCAUCUUUUGAUUUGAAUUCUUUUUUGGAUUUAUGUAAAUUGAUAGGGACAUGAAAUAUUAAAGAAGUGAUAUGUUAUAUAUUUAGAUGAAGGAAUUCUACAUGGAGCUCAUUUAUCAAUCUUGGUAAUGAUUAAAACUUUGCAAAAUAUUUAUCUUAUCGGUGCAUGUCACCUCUUUUGUUUUUUAAAGAAAAUUUCUGUCAAAAACGCACAAUUUAAUAGGAUUUUGAAGGCCUGUAUGGAACAAUUACUUCAUGAUGAGAGAGUAUGUAGUACUGUGUAAAUUAGGCCUUAUUAUUUUUGAAGGACUGUUUUGAAAUUUUAUUUCUUUGUGAGGAUCAAGUUUGCUAUACUAAGAAUUUCAAGAAAUAGAGUUUUCUUCUUAAAAAUCCUAUAAGUAAAUAUAUGUUAUUCUGUAAAGUUACAUUUCUAGUCAUAUAAAUGUGUUUUUGAACGCUAGAGAAAUUUGUCUACGAACUGACUUAUUGUUAAUACAGUCUAAUCUGUCUUAAAUACAUUUAUAUAUAUUAUCGGCCCAUAUGUAAAUUUAAUUAGGUGAAAUUUAAAUCAUAUUUCAUCAGAGAUUUAAAUGUAAUUCUUCAUGUAGACUUUUUUAUCUUUGCUUUUUAAGACUUAAAGAUUGCAAUCAUAUAAGAUGAGAACUUUGUAGAAUUAAAUGAAAUGUUUAUAUUCUGCUGUAAAAUGCUACUGUACCAGUUAAAGUAUAAUGUAUUCAGUGAUCAAUCAUAGUUUGUUUUCAUCAUUCAGUUAGAUAAUCUACAAACAACGAUUUCAAACGUGUCAACUUAAUUGAACCAAUUAAUUAGUCUUAUCAUCUAGUUUUAAUGCAUAUUAAUUGUUAUUGUUUUAAAAUCUUUUAUCCAUUUGCUGCUUAUUAUUGUUUUUUUUUUUUGUUAUUCUUUAAGCCUAAUACUUUAAACUAGUAGCAGAGGAUUCAUUCUUUUUAUAAAAUGAAAUGAAAAAAAAUAACUGUAACAUCAUCUGGAGAAACGUGGAUUUAUGUUACGUUUUGACUAAAUACUGUUUAAACUCCAGGCUCUGGUGGCAUUAAAACAAUUAAGAUUAAAUCUGCAUAAAUCUGUGUUCUUUUGUUAUAUAAUUAAAACUCUUUAAAUAACCAAGUUAAAUAAGUUUGGGAUAAAAUUUGAUGUUACAUAACACAUUACUGUAGUUUGGAUGAAGGAACAAGUAAAAUGAUGGAUAUUAUUUCAAUAAAACAUCAAGUUUUAGGAUGGCUAUAAAUAUAUCCUUGGUUUGUUAUUGCAGGAGCCGAUGGUUCAGUUUCUUCAGACAUAUAUAAUAUAAAUAUGUACAAGUCUCUUUGUUCUAACAGCACAGAUUCUACAAAAAACAUGUAAAUUGUAACACUUUGUAAUAAAAUUGUAAAUUACA